GUGAACUUGGACCCCGAUUCAUGGACUGAAGAAGUUGGAGAUGAUGGCCGUCCGCUUGCUAGAAAUAAUCUUUUUCUUUUACUUUGCUUCACACAUUCCGAUCACUUUAUUUAUUGAUCUACAAGCCCUGCUGCCGGGGCACGUUUAUCCCGAGUCGCUGAAAGACCUUCUGAGAUGGUAUGCAGAUGCGUUUAAAGACCCGAUGGUCCUGGAUCCCCCAGAAUGGUUCAGGUCAUUUAUCUUCUGCGAGGCUUUGCUUCAAACUCCGUUUUUCCCCGUUGCAGCCUACGCUUUUCUGAAAGGUGGCUGUAAAUGGAUCCGGACUCCUGCCAUUGUUUAUUCCACACAUGUUGCCACCACAUUGAUCCCGAUUCUAGCACACAUCCUCUUCUAUCAGUUCCCUUUGAAACCCCACCCUGGUCCCCAGACCCCACAGGAGCGCUGGCUGCUGGUUUCCAUAUAUGCUCCGUACCUGCUGGUUCCUGUGCUGCUCCUCCUCACCAUGCUGCUGUCCUCCACAUACACCUCCACACCCAAGUCUGCAGCUGCAUCAGCCAAAGCCAAAAAGAAGAAAUGAAACAGUACCAGAAGAAAACUCUGUUUUUUACUCAAGAUUUAAAAGCUAAUUUUACAACUUUGCACUAUAUUUGUACACGACAGACACAUGAGUAAAUCUCCAUCACGUUUUUAUCCUCAGUGAGAGUAAAAAAGAGGAUCUGUAUUUCCAAUAAACUACUGAGAGAAAUGAUAA